CGCCCUUCUCCUCCUCCUCCUCCUCCUCCUUCUCCUCCUCCUCCUCCUCCGCCUCCUCCUCCUCCUGCGCACUCACCAAGCGCUCCCGAGGUCCCCGUGCGCCUCGCCUUCCCUCUUGCCCAUUCGCUCCUCCCUCCCCCGACGCCUCCCUCUUCCCUCGCUACUUGCGUGUGUGUGCGUGCUCCUGUCUCGCUCGUCUGCCUGAAUGAGAGGCCACCGCACGAUAGAUAGACCACCAAGGGGGCACGAUCGAAGACGAUCGGGGCGUGUAUCGAGGGCUUGAAAUACGUGACACGCGAGCAGAUCUGAGCGAACAGUCUUCAAAUUAGUGGUGUUGUCGUUUUUGCCGUUGUCCCUCUCGCGUCCAACCAGACCCACCCCGCGACCCAGCGAAUAUGGACUCAUGGAUCUCGCCGCCCCCUAGGCUGGGCACAAAAUGGGACCUGGUGGCCGACUUCUCCGCCUACGACGGCUCUGACAUUCGCGCCUCCGUCAAGGGCUUGCGGACCGAUUUCAGGAUCUACGCGUACAUUUCCUCUGAUUCUGUCUACGAGGUGGGCCGCUGGGCUGGGGAGAAGUGGAAGCCUGGGGCCCGCCCAGGCGGCUCCGGCCCUCUUCGCGUGACGGAGGAGAUGGGCACGCGGCCAGAGGAGAGGGAGGUCAUGGAGAGCCUCAACAAGGCGGACGGCUACGGGCACGGCAAGCUCGAGGCGGAGGAGGAGCUGCUCGCCGGUGUGCCCCAGGACAGCGAUUGCCAGCUGGUCUUCCUGCGGCUACCCGACGUCAUAGGGCCCUACGACGGCACGCUGCGGCUCUGGGCGUACUGGCACUGGCUGCGGGCGGGGGACGUGGGAGCCCCGCCCCCGCAGGUCCAGGCCUACAAGCGCAAGAAGGAGGACCCCAGCGGCGUCCCCUCCGAGGUCGACCCGGACCCGCCCCUGGCGCUGGUCUUCAGCCAGGACGUGGCCCGGUUCAUGGCUUCGCUCCUGGACCGCCCGCCGCCGCAGGGCCAGAGGUCGACUCGGGGAUCGACUACAGAACCGAUGUACCCCAAAAUUGACCCUCACGUCGACCCUUCAACAAAAAUACGUCAACCGUUCGUAGAUCUGCGCAAGUUCUCUACGAAUUGCCCGUGGAUUCGACAAGACAAGUCAAGUCUCUGGGGCAGACCAAUUCUGCAGUCGACCCCCUGCGCGCAGAGGGCGGACGCGGUGAACCUGUGCUGCGAGCAGCAGGUGCCCCUCAGCGGGGUGCUGCAGCUGCUGUCGGACGCCUCCACGGUGCCGCGGAAGCGGCCGCGCUUGGCGCCCGUGAAGAGCCCGAAGACGUACCUGCCCAGCGUCGACCGGCCGUGGCCGCUGGACGUCCGGCGGGCCCAGGAGAGGUCUACGGCUUCCAGCCCACCCCGCUGGAGGAGGUCCUGCGCAGCUGCGCGGCCUUCUUCGAGGAGGGGUGCAGGAGAUUCCCCGACCAGGCCCGCCGGGCCGCGAAGAAGCUGCCCGACGGUGCCGCGGACGGACAUGGCCCUCAGGCAGGCCGGCCUCGACAGGCACGGCGCGGACAGCGACAGCUCGUGAGGCGCGCGCCCCGCAGGCCCGGGGCGCCGCGCCCCCCCGUUUGGGGCGUGCCCCGGUCGGCACGGCGUUAGACACGGCGCGGACUGGCGACGGCCCGUGGGGCCGCCCCGAGUAUCAGAGGGCGCCACGACCGCACACGAGCAUACCCCUCGGACGUCCGCACA